AUGGCGAAAUUAUUUAUACAAAAAUUAUGGCUUAUGAACUUGACGUGGGAUACGAAGUUAGACAUUAAAUUAUCUCACGAAUGGAAUGCGAUUGUUUCAAGGAUUUCGACUAUUAAAGAUAUAAAAAUUCCUAGAUGGAUAUCAACUUUAGCUGACACAAGUUUAGAGCUUCAUGGAUUUGCGGACGCUUCAGAGAAGACUUAUGCAGCAGUAGUUUAUGCUAAAACUUCUAAUGCUAUUACUAUGCUAGCAGCAAAGUCUAAAGUAAAUCCGAUAAAAAACAAAAAGACAUUACCCAAGCUGGAGUUAUGUGAGGCUCAUCUGUUAGGAAAACUUAUGAAAAGCAUUAAAGAAGUUAUAAACAGAGAAGUCAAAAUAUAUGCUUGGAGCGAUUCAACAAUAGCAUUAUCAUGGAUCAAGAACGAAAAUAAAACUAAAGAUAAAUUUAUUGGGACUCGUGUAAGAGAAAUCAAGCAAUGCAUGCCUUCGGCAACGUGGAAUCAUGUUAGGUCAGAAGACAAUCCAGCGGAUGUGGCUUCAAGGGGCUUGAAACCAGAAAAACUUGCAGCACAUAGUUUAUGGUGGAAUGGUCCUACAUGGUUAAAAGAUGAAUCAAACUGGCCAACAGCAACUGAAUCUGUUCUUUGUGGAACAAAUAAUAUAAACUCUUCACAGAACAUAAUCAACGAUAUAAUAGAUCGGUAUUCCAAUUAUAGGAAAUUAUUAUACGUCAUUGCAUAUAUAAGCAGAUUCAUCAGAAAGCUAAAAAAGGAGAAGUUUCCUGUGUGGUUGACAGUAGAAGAAUUAAGGGAGGCAGAAAAUAUUAUAAUACGGCAUACUCAACAUUUAUAUUUCACAAAAGAAAUCAAUUUGAUCAAAAACAGAAGAGAACUUCCAUCUGGUUAUAAAAUUUGUAGUCUUUACCCGUUUCUGGAUAAAAAUGAAAUACUGCGAGUCGGAGGCCGGUUAGAAAAUUCUCCAUUCUCUUUUGCUAGAAAACAUCCAAUACUAUUACCAAAAUGUCACUUAACGAUGCUAAUAGUUGAUGAUUAUCAUAAAAAUACACUACAUGGCGGUAUAAAACUAAUGGAAAAUAUGUUGAGGCGGCAAUAUUGGAUAAUUAAUGCUAGAAAUAUUAUUAAAAGGUAUGUUCGAAGCUGUGUUAGAUGUAUACGAUAUAGGCGUGAAACCGCUACACAGUUAAUGGGGAACCUACCGGAAAACAGAGUGUCAAUAUCGAAGCCAUUUGAGCAUGCAGGAAUAUAUUAUGCAGGCCCCGUACAAAUGAGAGUAUCAAAAGGAAGAGGUCAGAAAUCAUAUAAAGGUUAUAUAGCCGUUUUCAUUUGUAUGGCUACGAAAGCAAUCCAUUUAGAAGCUGUAAGUGACCUGUCAACAGAUGCGUUUCUGGCUGCUCUUAGAAGAUUUUUCGGUAGAAGAGGCAAAAGUUCGCAUUUAUAUUCAGAUAAUGAUACAAAUUUUGUCGGUGCUGCUAAGAAAAUAGAUGAUGAAUAUGAAAAAACUAUUAGAAAACUUUCAUCACUUGCUGGGACGAUGGCAGCGGAAAAAAUUACAUGGCAUUUUAUUCCCCCUUUGGAGGAAUCUGGGAGGCUGCAGUCAAGUCGAUGA